AUGAAGUUCAGCAAAACUUUGAAGGAGAAGCAAGUGCAAGAGUGGCGUAAGAAGUAUCUAGCGUAUGAGCAUCUAAAAGGUCUCAUUGACCAGUCGGAAGAGUGUUUCUUCGGGACAUUAGAUAAAGAGAUUGAUAAAGUUGAGGGUUUCUAUAAAGUCUUAGAAAAGGGAGCGGAAAGAGGAUUAUCUAAUCUAUUAAGUUUAUUCCCAGAAGAGGAACAAGCAGCUGUCUACGAGAUAGCACAAAAUCAAUGCGGAACACCUUUAAUUGGAUCGGCUGGUGGUCGACAUUCACGAGCUAUGCCAGAAAGACGUAAAGAGAAGGUCUUAACUCAGAAGGCUUUAGAAUCAAGAGUUCUAGAGUAUUACAUGGCGGUAAAUAAGAUAGCUAAGUAUAGGGAGAUGAACUUGACCGGAUUUAGAAAGAUUUUGAAAAAGUAUGAUAAGCAGUGCCGAACAGUCUUUGGACCCGAUAAGAUGGAGAGUAUUUUAAGUCGGCCUGCUUUUUCCAAUACUUAUAUCUAUGAUUUAAUGGAGUUUACUCGUAUGUUACAUAAACGGAUUACACCUAAGAAGAGACAUGCUAAGGCGAAAGAGUUAGUGGUGGAUUUAACCCAGGCCGAUUCCCAGGGAGAUGGGAAGAGUUUCUUUGCCGGUAUGAUGGCUACUUGUGGGGUGAUUUGUUUAGCAACCGGAUUACGGGAGUCUUAUGCCUUUGAAUACGUUGGCCUGGGGGCUUUUGAUAGUUUAUUACUGGUCUUUGGGAUCUUAUUGUACUUGUGCCGGAAGAACUUCAUUAGUUAUAACUUGAUCUUAGAGAUGAACUUGAAACCUAAACUGAAAAUAUCUAAGUACUUCUUAUUGGUCUCUGGUUUGGUAAUGGUUCAUGGAUCUUGUGCUUAUUUAGGUAUUGCUUGGGGGUGGGCUUGGGCCGUGCAUAUUUUGGUCUUACUACUGCCGGUUAAUUUACUGAUGAAGAACUUUAGGUAUUACUGGUUGCGGACUUUGUUUGCUAUCUUUACUUGUAGUGUUUGUGGUGUAGUAAGGUUUAAGCACUUCUUUAUUGCUGAUCAUUUACUGAGUUUACGGCCUUUACUGAUUUGGGGGCUGAAUAGAAGUGAGUCGCCGCCUUCCCAGAGCUUAUUACUGCUGAUUGUGGUUGUGCCGGUGGCUAUUAGGAUUUCACAGUGCUUGCGGCGGUACUUGAGUACGAGUCGAGGACAGCCGCGCUUGCACAUUUACAAUACAAUGAAGUAUGGGUUGAUUCUCUCAGCGGACUUAUCUGGAGUCCUGGUUGAGCAGACGGGUAAUCUGCCUUGUAUCUUCUUAUUGAUUUUAGCUAAUGGGGCCGGGUAUACCUGGGACUUAUCGGUGGAUUGGAUGCUAGGCCGGCGGCCUAAACUCUUCCGGUUUCAGACGUAUGUAGGCGUCUGUCUGCUUAAUGGUCUGGCCCGAGUUCUGGUUGUGGCGGUUUUUAUUGUGAAGAGCCAGAAGGUAGCGGUGAUUAUGCCGUACUUGCCACAGAUAGGACUGGUCUUAGCUUUACUGGAGUUAGUACGGCGACUGGUUUGGGGAGUGAUUCGUAUGGAAGUUGAGCACUUGAAUAACUGCGACCAACUGAAGGCCAUUAAUGGGCCACUUAAUGAUCUGUUUUAUAUGGAAAGCGCUAAAUAG